GGGAAAUAAAGGCGUAGUACGUCGAGAAAUUGUCAGGCCAGCGGGCUAGCUAGCUAGGCACCCAUGGCUUCCGCUCAGAUGCUCCACACUCUCCAGUGCUUAAUUGAUCAGAAGAGCCUCAUCCUCUCCAAUGGAUCUCUUAAUUCGAGGUCCCAUCUCCUCCCCUUCUCAAACACCGGCAGCCCCUGCCAGCGCAGGCGAAUCGACAGGCUAUCGCCGCCAAGGGCCUCCCUCAAAUUCGACCUCUCGCAGCUAAUGGGCGGCAGAGGCCUUUGCAACGGAGAGGCAGGACUCGAGCGAGAGCUCACUCAAGAGAGAAAAAGCGAGGAGGAGGAUGCUACCACCCACGCUUUCGAACCAGAAAAGGAAGAAGCAGGGGACAAGAAAGAAACGCGCAUUCUGUCUUCCUUUGGUCUUAAGGAAGACGCUUUCGAGAAGGAGCUGCUUGGAUUCACCGGAGGUUUCCCAGGUGGGGAGAAGGGUUUGAAGCAGUUCAUUGAGAAGAACCCGCCUCCACGAAAGGAAGCCGGUUCUGGUAAGGGGAUUCCCGGAGCGAGACCAAAGGCGCCGGAGUUGCCCAUUUUGAUGCCCGGAAUGAUCGUCAUUGUGACGAACAAGGAUAACCCGUUUUACAUGUAUAGUGGGAUAGUCCAGAGAAUCACCGAUGGGAAGGCAGGCGUGUUGUUUGAAGGCGGUAACUGGGAUCGACUCAUCACUUUCGAGUUGGGAGAGCUCGAGCGUAGGGAGAAGGGCCCUCCAAUGGUUAACCCCAAGUCCGCUGUUCUUGAAACAAUGGCGGAACAAUGAUCUGCGUUUUCGUGGUAUGCCUUAGUUUUCGUUUUCUUGGUCCAGUGUUGCUUGCCAUAUGCGGCGAUGCUCUUGUCUUGUUGGAUAUAGGUGAACUUGUUUCUUUUUAUGUUCAAACGGUUAGCAGAAGGAUUGCAAUCAAAUUGUACAUCUUGUGCUUUCUUCUAUUGUAUAAUUAUCUGUAUUGGGUUGUAAAAUUGAAGAUUCGCCUGUUUCCUAUC